UCCAGAGUUCAUUUAACUAACAUUCCAACGCAAAUACAGCAGGAUACAGAAAGCGGUAGAAAAGAUAUCAUCAAGAAAAUGAACAGCUACAGUAAAGUCAUUGGCGAUAUUAGUAAAGGGCUGGAAGACAUUCAAAAACAAAUUUUAGGGAAAGAUACUAUCAACGGUACCAAGGCUGAUGUCAAAGAAUUCAUGCAGGUGGUUCUAGGAGGCGAUGUAACCAGAUACAACUUUGGCGUAUUUAUGUUUCUGCUAUAUAUCAUUGCUGUCGUCUGUUUACUAAUCAGUUUCAUUGAGGUCUUGAAACCUUACAACAGUAAACUGGGGAAAGUAUGCGUUCAGGGUAUACAUAGCAUUUUUUUUCGUGCUCAACUGGAUACUGAUGCUCGAAACUAACAGUCUUUACGCGUUGGGCGUCCCCCUACAAAAAAUUACCUGCGUGACGUUGAGUGAUCUACGCGGUGUCGACCAGGUAAUGGAUGCCGUGUUAAAGACGAGUGCUGGGAGUACCUGGCUAGGAGAACUGCUCUACCCCGGGAAAAAGGUUUCAUUGACCCUACAUAGUGCCAUGCAAGGAUGUGAACAAGGGAGAACAGCAUAUCAUGUUUUCCAAUUGGAUAAGGGCGGUAUAAUUAAUAUCACAGAGCAUACUAAUUAUAAAAAGUUUUUCGACGUCGACACUGUCACAAAGGAUCUAAAAGUUGACUUCGAUAAAGUCACCGUACAAUCGGCUUCCCUGAAGCAGUUCCUGGACUUUAUGUUUAAGCUACAGGACAACAUAGUCUUCACCACGUACGACAGACUGGCUGAUAUUGAUAUUUUAACACCAGUUGAAAACAGUGAAAACAGUUUGACUCCACUUAUCGCAGCAGCAGUAACUCCAGCUAAAGAGGAACUGCAGAGCAUAGCAACCGAGUUAAAGACGACCCGAGAAGUCUUAGGAACGGCAUGCAAGCAGGCAAUGUUGAAAUUGAAAGGAACUUCUGACAAGCUAAAGAAACAAAUACUCGAACCACCAUCCUCCACGCUGAAGAUGCGCACUGAGGCAGUGACUACGGCGCUCAGAAACGCGCAGAACGUCGUGAAAACUAAGGCACCGGCCAUCUUUCUCGAGAUUGUAGACGAGUUCAAAUCUCGACUUACUCGUAUCCUGGAUACCUAUGUAGCUCAUGUCAGGGAUGAAGUAGAAAACCAGAUUGGUAUAUGCAAGCCUAUUUCAAACCUGUUCACCGAAAUCACGCAAGGAUUCUGUCAAUUCCUGAGAGCGCUGGGCGGCUGGUGGUGUGCCAUGGGAUGGACGGUGUUUUUCUCUCUGCUGGCCACCUAUGGUUUAGUGAAAGCAAGAAACGAGUACAUUGACGAGUAUAGGCCGAAACCACCAAUUGCCCCUCAUGGGGGUGCUCAUUCCCAGGCGGCGCCAUCGGGUGGGGCGGCAUCGAGUGGGGCGCUAUCAGGUGGGGCGCCACCUCCUGUUGCGGCAGCUCAGGACCAAGGCAUCAAACCUGAAGCAGCGCCCCCAGCCCCAAGUAUACGAUCUGCUGAUGACCACGGUGAACGUGGAUCCAACUUUGGCGCUGAUGCUGAUGGGAGCAAAUUAUCUACGGCCACCUUCAGCCAAGUCCCUCCAGAAGUUGCAAGAGAACUCAAGGAAGUUCCAAUACCGCGCAUGAGCGAUUUCACUGGUGCUACCAGUACUACCAGCACUGAAAUCUAA